AUCUAAUGCGCUCUAAUCAAAUCCAGGGUCUAUUUUGAACGGAUUUCUCUACAUUCUGACCUAAUCGAAUCAUAAUAAUUAUCCUAAUUUGAUUUCCAUCUAAUCUCCAGUAAUUUAAUCUAAUUCCUCUAUUUUGGUGUCGAUGCGCUGAGAGCAGACUGAGCCUCCUCUGUCUGAGCCGCUCCUGUAAACAGCUGCAGAGUGAGAGCUCUUUAGUGUUUCCUCUCUCUGCAGCCGAGAGAGAGAGAGAGAGAGAGAGAGAGAGAGAGAGAGAGAGAGAGAGAGAGAGAGCGGCUCAGACUUCCUCCAGGUCCCGGCUCCGUCCAGCGUCUCUCACCGAGGAGCCGCAUCUGUUAGUCCGCUGCGUCUGUGAUGGAGGAGCGUGAGGGAGGAGGAGGAGGAGGAGGAGGAGGAGGAGGAGGAGGAGGUGCGGGGUACCACCGGCCGGCCAAGCGGCUCAGGACGGAGGAGCAGGCCGGCGGAGAGGAGCUGGAGGACGGGGAGGAGGAGGAGGACUCCGCCGGGGAGGAGGCAGCGGAGAGCGGAGGAGCCGAGAGCAGGAGCCGCGGCGGAGCCAGCAAGGACGGCGAGGACAGCCACCGGAUCCCCCCCUCCCCGGUGGUGCACGUGCGCGGGCUGUGCGACGCCGUGGUGGAGGCCGACCUGGUGGAGGCGCUGGACAGAUUUGGCAACAUCUGCUACGUGAUGAUGAUGCCGUUCAAGCGGCAGGCGCUGGUGGAGUUUGACGGCGUGCAGAGCGCCGAGCGCUGCGUGGCGUCCGGCGCCCUCGAGGCCGUCUGCAUCGCCGGCCAGCGAGCGUUCUUCAACUUCUCCACCAGCCAGAGGAUCAGCAGGCCGACCAGCGUCGACGACCCGGCCAGCGGGAACAAGGUUCUGCUGCUGUCCAUCCAGAACCCGCUGUACCCCAUCACCACUGAUGUUCUGUACACCGUCUGUAACCCCGUCGGUAACGUCCUGCGCAUCGUCAUCUUCAAACGCAACGGCAUCCAGGCCAUGGUGGAGUUUGAAUCGGUGGAGAACGCUCAGAAGGCCAAACAGGCUCUGAACGGAGCGGACAUCUACGCCGGCUGCUGCACGCUGAAGAUCGAGUAUGCCCGGCCCAGCAGACUGAACGUCGUGCGCAACGACAACGCCAGCUGGGAUUACACCAAACCGUUCCUGCUGCGCCGAGAGCGGGGGAAGGGGAGGCAGCGUCAGGCCAUCCUGGGGGAACAUCCAUCCAACGGCUACGGCCCACACUGCCCCCUGCUGCCGCUGCCUGGUAGCAGCAGGUUGAGGAGGAGCAGUGAGGAGGUGCAGGACAUGAUCUCCUACCCGCUGCUCCUCCAUCAGAGCUCCGCCUCCUCCUACCUGGGCCACGCCUCCAGCUCCGUCGCCAUGGUGAGCGGCCUGCACCCGACCAAGAUGAACUGCAGCCGCAUCUUCAACCUCUUCUGUCUCUACGGCAACGUGGAGAAGGUGAAGUUCAUGAAGAGCGUGGCGGGCACGGCGCUGGUGGAGAUGGGCGAUGAGUUCGCUGUGGAUCGAGCCAUCACUCACCUGAACAGCAUCAAACUGUUCGGCAAGAGGCUCAGCGUCUGUGUGUCCAAGCAGCAGGCGGUGAUUCCCAGCCAGGUGUUUGAGCUGGCCGACGGCGGCAGCAGCUACCAGGACUUCAGCCUGACCAGGAACAACCGCUUCAGCAGCCUGCAGGCCAGCCGCAACAUCAUCCAGCCGCCCGCCGCCGUGCUGCACUUCUACAACGCCCCGCCCACCCUGAGCCAGGCGCAGCUGCACCGGCUCUGUACAGAACAUGAUCUUCCUGCGUUCAUCAAGUUCAAGGUGUUUGAUGCCAAACCGAGCUCCAAGACUCUGUCUGGUCUGUUGGAGUUUGACGGUAAGACGGAGGCGGUGGAGGCUCUGACGGUGCUGAACCAUCACCAGAUCAGGAUCCCCAACGGCUCGAACCCGUUCACCCUGAAGCUUUGUUUCUCCACGUCCUCACAUCUUUAAAGAGACGACGAGAUCGCCGCCGCACAUGCCCAGUACGCUCCCAGUCCAACCAGAGAGGAGGCAUGGACCGACGGGUCAGUCACUCCCAGAGCCACGGUUACUUUAUUUUUUAUCUGUGAGAUGCGGGGAUGGAUUUUUCCCAUUUCCUUGAACUGUGAUGUCAGAGGAAGUGACGUCAGAGGAGGUGAUUGGACGUUUUGAAGAAAUCAAGGCGACACUUGACUGUUCGCCUCACGACAGACUGCUGCGAUGUUUGUUCUCGCUCUGAAAGACGAGGUGACGUUUUUUUUGGUCCGACGAUGUCAGCAUGAUGUCAGCACCUGGCGGGACGUCUGACUGGCUGGAAGGUGGCCGAUGUUUCCGCCCACUUUGAGAAUUUCACUUACAAAAUUAGACGUAACAACUGAAAUAAACGCCCGAGUCUCUCUGGAAAGGCCCAUUGUCAUGAAGAGUGACGACGGUCAAAAUGUUGUAAAUAAACUGGAAAAAUAAGUCGAUGUGGCAUCUGUGUCCCCACUGCAGCAAUAACGAAUAAAACAAUCAAAAUCAUAACCGCAGCCAUAACUUUAGUGAUUUUUUUUUUUUUUUUGAGAGACAAACAAUAAAAAAUUUUCCACUUAGAUUUCUCUGCAGUCCGUGUUGUAGUCAUCCUUCUACAUGAUAAUGGGUCUGAAAUAAAAUCAGGUGUAUCAGCACAACUCAUAAUGAAAUAUUGUUCAUGUACGUUAUUGAGGAGCUUGUCUGUCCUGAGUCAGUUUACAACUUUCUGAAGAUGAAAUCGUUUUAAUUUAUGAUGAAUUAAAUGAUGAAUUUCAGUAACAGUCA